AAAAUUACAUUUUGUGCUAAUUGGUACAGUCCUGAACAAAUAAUAAUUGAAAAAAUUUGACAGCAAAUUGUGUAUUAUGCAAAAAGUAGAUCUAUCGUUUCAGAUCAUAUUUCCCUGAAACCUACCGAACCCACCGAAGAUACCAUCCUGUAUCUGGGGUGCUUUUGUAUUUCCACUGCUAUUUACCCUAUGGAACUUUGGUUGAAUAACAGUGUUCAUUUGCUAAUUAAAAUUCGUUUUCAAUCCCCAGACAAAAUAGCAGAUUAUGUCACCUCACUCGUCCUGUGAAAUAGAAGGAAUUGUACUUGAAAUCGCAACUCACCGAAAAACCCUGUCCCCUAUUCUUGUAAAUGGUCCUUCCAAUAAUGGAUGCCUUUCUGUAAAGAGAUUUGCUCGACCUCACUAAACAUUAACAUGAGUGAGUUGAAGGACUGCCCCCCUCUGAAGUACUAUGACUUCAAACCUGUUGAGCACGUGAAAGUAUGCCCUCGGUACAGUGCUGUGCUUAGCCGCUCAGAAGACGAUGGCAUCGGUAUAGAGGAAUUGGACACACUACAGUUGGAGCUGGAGACGCUUCUGUCCUCUGCCAAUCGCCGCCUCAGAGCUCUAGAGGAACAGAGACAGAUCCUCACAGACUGGCAGGAUAAGAAGGGGGACAAGCGUUUCCUGAAGCUGGGGAAGGAUGCAGACCUCUCUGCCACGUCAAGGCACAAAACCAAGAAGCAGAAGCUAGAUGGCAAGGGUGGUCAUGGUACUGGACCUGGACCUGGCAGACCUAAAUCCAAGAACUUGCAGCCAAAGGUCCAGGACUAUGAGUUCAGUGAAGAUCCUCAAGACAUUCCCCGUAAUCCUAAAAAUGAUGCUCCAAACAGAUUUUGGGCAUCAGUUGAGCCAUACUGUGCUGACAUCACAAAUGAAGAGAUCCGAGUUCUGGAAGAACUCUUGAAGCCUCCAGAGGAUGAGGCAGAAUAUUACAAGAUUCCAGCAUUAGGGAAACACUACUCCCAGCGGUGGGCACAGGAGGAUCUGCUGGAGGAGCAGAGGGAAGGAGCUCGGGCCAAUGACAAAAAGAAAAGCCUUUUGGGACCGCUUUCUGAGUUGGACGCCAAAGACGUGGAUGCUUUGUUAAAGAAGUCAGAGUCUCAACAUGACAGUCCCGAGGAUGGCUGUCCCUUUGGUCCUCUCACACAACGCCUGCUUCAGGCCCUUGUUGAGGAAAACAUUAUAUCCCCCAUGGAAGAUUCCCCAAUUCCAGACAUUUCAGGGAAAGAUGGAGGAAACGACGGGGCUGGGACCUCACCUCGCAGCCAAGGAAAAACCUUCAGUGUUCCUCACACCCGUUCACUGGAGGCCCGGAUCAAGGAGGAGCUGGUGGCUCAGGGGCUGCUGGACUCUGAGGAGCGGCCGGGGGCAGGAGGAGACUCGGAGGACGAGGUGCUGGCAGAACUCCACAAGAGACAGGCGGAGCUCAAAGCCCUGAGUACCCACAACCGUGCCCGCAAGCAGGAGCUGCUCAGGCUGGCUAAGGAGGAGAUGGGGAAGCAGGAGCUGAGGCAGAGGGUCAGAGUCUCUGACAACGAGGUCAUGGAGGGUUUCCGUCGCAUCAUGGCUGCCAGGCAAAAGAAACGCACACCAACCAAGAAGGAGAAGGAUCAGGCAUGGAAAUCCCUGAAGGAGAGAGACAGCAUCCUUAAGCUGCUGGAUGGAUGAAUGGCCAACCCUUUAGAGGCUUAGUCGUGGUGGGAGGGGAGCAGUGUUUCAGCAGUCAUUUGUAUCAUUAGAGUUUGUUAUAUAUAUUUGAUGUCCUUCCUUAGUUUAGUGAUCAUUAACACAUUUUAUACUUCCAGCAGUCUCAUGACAGGACAUUUAAUAUAGAUGUAGCAUGCUUUUUCAUAAAGUAACAUUUUCAAAGGCAUGUAUGUUUUGGUGGAUAUUUUUAUCCUGAUUAUGCACACUGCUUUCCAAAUGGGAACAUCCUUUACUGUGUUUAUGGGAACUUUCAGUCGUUUCAUGUAGGCCUAGCAUUCUGUUUCUGAGACAACCAUUUAAAAAUAAUGUUAUUGUAUUAACGCAAUUACAUAUCUGUGUUCCGAUGUGGAUUUUGUUGUCCAAUGUUUAUCACAAUAUGAAAAAAAUGACUGUGAAUGUUUGAAUAAAUUAAUAUCACUAA